AUUUGUGUAAUCUUAAACGUUCUGUACUUUGAACAUAUAUCAUGCUUUCUUUCGACAUUGAUAUUACAACAGAAUAGUUAUUGCGUAGAAUAUUGCACAAUGUGUUAUUAGUGUUGCACAGAAGACUGAUAUUAAAUUAAAUAUUUCAAAAUGGGAAACCAAGCAUCUUCAAGACAUUGGUACGAAACUGCUGAGAAAAUAAAGGAAUAUUAUAUUAAAGCUUUCACUGAUAUUGAAAAAGGAAUUACUUGUGAGGAGAAUGAAAAACCACAUGAGGCUCUCAAAUAUUACAAAUUGGGAAUCUAUCACAUAGACCAAGCUCUUAAAAUACCAGUGGAAUACCCAGAAAAUGUUAUGGAUGAUAGCUUCAAAGAAGCUGUCGCGAUGGUGCAGAAGAUGAAAGGAACAAGAGGAGAAGUUCUUCAGAGAAUUACUCAAAUUAUGAAAUCACCUGCUUACGAAAAGGAGAAGAGCGCUUCACCAGAAUUGGGAACUGAAGGAUCUAUCACUUACAGUGAUUUAGCAAAGGCUCUAGAAAAUCUCAAAUCAUCAACUUUGCGAUCAGAGUCAACUGCAGUAGAAGUAUUUAAAUGUAAUGAUGUGAAAAUAUUUCAAAUAAAAGCUGAUGGCACAGUAACAUCUCAUACCAUUGAACCAGAAUUGAGUGUAGUGAAAAUUACAG